AUGGCUACUACUUUGAAACCAGAAACUUUAGUCAAGAAGUCCAAGGCUCAGCAAAAGACUGCUGAAGAACGUGCUGCCGCCAAGGUCGUUCGUCAAGCCGCUAACAAGGAAAAGAGACAAGUUGUCUUUGACAGAGCUGCUGCUUACCAAAAGGAAUACACCGAAGCUGAAAGAUCUGUCAUCAAGGCUAAGAGAGACGCCAAGGCUGCUGGUUCUUACUACGUUGAUGCUCAACCAAAGUUGGUUUUCAUCAUCAGAAUCAAGGGUAUCAUGAAGAUCCCACCUAAGCCAAGAAAGGUCUUGCAAUUGUUGAGAUUGACCCAAAUCAACGCCGGUGUUUUCGUCAGAUUGACCAAGGCUACUCAAGAAUUGAUCAAGUUGGCUGAACCAUACAUUGCUUACGGUUACCCAUCUUUGUCUACCAUCAGACACUUGGUCUACAAGAGAGGUUUCGGUAAGAUCAACAAGCAAAGAAUUCCUUUGUCUGACAACGCCGUUGUUGAAGCUUCCUUGGGCAAGUUCAACAUCUUGUCUAUUGAAGACUUGAUCCACGAAAUCUACACUGUUGGUCCAAACUUCAAGCAAGUUAACAACUUCUUGUGGCCAUUCAAGUUGUCUAACCCAACUGGUGGUUUCAGAGCUAGAAAGUUCGAACACUUCAUCCAAGGUGGUGACACCGGUAACAGAGAAGAAUUCAUCAACGCUUUGGUUAAGCAAAUGAACUAAAUUAGUUAGUGUUUUCUUUUUCUCUUACUAUUAAAAACCAUUAGUUUUUUCAUUUCUUUUCUAAUUCUUUGGGAAGUUGUGUUAGAAAGGGGUUCGUGUAUAUUUCGUACUUGUAAUAAAUAUUAUCUUUCC